GCACCCUUUGCAACCGCGAUAACACCCCAUCGCGACAAAUUCUCAGCUCAUCAUCACCCCUCACCCCACAUCCACCUCUUGAUCCAAAAUGGGCCAAAUCGAAGAACUCCCCGACGACUACGACGAGUCGCUCAACCUACCUCAACCCGCACCAUCCCCCGUCGAAGAGAACAAUGUCCCCACGCCGCCCACCCCCGAGGAACUUCCCAUCCCGAUCAAAGAAGACCGGUUAAAGGAUCUGAACGAGAAUGCGGACCCCUUGGCCCCGAAGAUGCCUCCUGCGAUGGAGGCCGUGAGCACGCAUACGACGGAUGAGUUGGCGGAGAUUCUCAACCGCACGCCGCUGUUCAUGACGGAUAUUAAUAAGGCGUAUGAUGAGAAGGGUGAGAACGUCAUGCUGGAUGCUAUCCGCGCUCUCCAGAACGAAGGUACCCGCGGCGAAGUCGCCCAGAAUUUCCGGGAACAGGGGAAUGAGGCGGCGCGGGAGAAGCGCUGGAUUGAUGCGAAGGAGCACUACUCGAAGGGUAUUGCGGUGUUGGUGGCUAAGGAGGAUAAGUGGGAUAAGCCGGAGGAUGAGAAGGAGGAGGCCAAGUUGCGGAGGGAGGCGGAGGAGGCGUGCUAUAUUAAUCGCGCGCUGUGCAAUUUGGAGCUGAAAUUUCCGGUCUACGACGCUCGAUUGUGCCGCGGUUUUGAAGCUGAACCCGAAGAAUGUCAAGGCGUUUUAUCGGUCCGCCAUGGCGCUGUAUGCGCUGGAUAAGAUUGUCGAGGCGGAGGAUGUGGCGACCCGGG